AUGCGGCCCGCCUUCAAAAGGCCCGGCUGCACUUCUCCACCUUCUUACUCUCUCCCUCUGUACACUGCCCUCCGUCGCUCUUCAUGCCGCCUCUCAGCCUUACUCCUGGCUAUAUACCUGUCCAUGUCCGACACUUGUAUUGUCUGUUUAGGCGACCUUGGCGAAAGCGCCAGUGAUCCCCUCGAGCCCGUGUCAACCCCCGAUAGUUCCACUACCGCCUUGAAGGAUGUCGGCAGUGCCGAUGUCGUUGUUCAAGUCAAGGAUGGGCUCGUCGAUGAGGAUCCUGGCGAGAUCGCCCAGUUAUUGCCUUGCGGUCAUAUAUUACACAAUAAUUGUCUGAAACCCUGGGUCGAGCGGGCCAACAGUUGCCCGAUAUGUCGUCGGAACUUCAACAUGGUUGAGCUGAGUGACCGGGUUGGCGGUCCUGUGACAUCGUCGUACGCUGUCCAAGAUCGGACACAACAGGCCGAUGUUGACCCAUCGAUGCUUAUCGAGUAUAUUGAAGACGACCUUUCCGAUGCCCAACCCUGUACGAUCUGUAAUGAAUCUGAUAACGAGGAUGUACUCCUAUUAUGUGAUGGCUGCGAUGCGCCUUCACACCUAUAUUGUGUCGAUUUGACAGAGAUCCCCUCGGGAUCCUGGUAUUGUACCCAGUGCGACUCUCAACGUGCGCUAGGGCCAGUCCCCGAAACCACCGCGCGCUCAGUUCGCUCAACUCGUCGUGGAACUCGUCGCACCCGUGGACAGCAGCGCCAAGUGCAAAAUACCAGUCAGAUAAACUCCCUUCACUGGGCUCGCGUUUGGCAAUCUGUUUGGGACCAUUUAAAUAUCGAUUUGGAUUUCCCUUUCGACGACGACCGAUCGGUCCAGCGAGUCAUGCAGCAACGUCGCCGAAACGAAGCCAACCAGCGCGAGUUUCGUGCAUGGCAGCGUCGAUUCGAGGUUGCCGAACAGCAAGAACCGACUCCCGAGCCAGAGUCUUUGGAGGAGAUGCGAGCAUGGAAUGCAUUUGAGCGAGCUCGAGAGAUCGAGAAUAACCCGAAUGCCGCUCGGAAGCGCAAGGAGCCAACCAUGUCGCCAUCCCCCGAACCAACCGAACCACAGCGGAAACUGAAGCGACCUCGCACUCGACGACCUCAAGAACUGGCUGCGAUGGCCCAACAGAAUGGCGAGUCCUCGCGGGCGGCGAGUUCAAGUGCGCGCCCAAAUGGAGAGAUGACCAGUGAACCCAGCUUCCUCUCCUCCCUCUUGAAGGAGGUGGAAGAUGCAUCAACUCCCGAGCGCACCAAUUCCCAUGGACCAUCAGCUGCUGCCUCCAUUGCCCCUGAUCAUGGGUCGCCUGGGCCAUCUUCUCCAUCCAUUUCCCCUUCUUCAUCGAGGUUCUCUUCUCCUCGCCUUGCCUCAACAACGCCUCCGCCGUUUUCUCGAAGCCGUCCAAUUUCUCCUCUCCAACUAUCAUCUCCUGCCGAACCUUCGUCUCCUCCCUUCUCCCCCGAGGUUUCAUUCUCCGGCAGCGCUCACUCCUCUCCUGCCAAGAGCCGCAGUCCACAAUCAGAGCGCGAGCCUGGCCGCCCACGUUCACGCAUUCCUCGCCGGGCCUUGGAGCUUGCCAAAUCCCGCUCCCUGGACACAUCUCCCACCCGUGCUGGACCUUCUCUGGUCGUCAAGUCCGACAUUCAAAAGAUGGUUGGCACCUCUCUCAAGCCUCACUACCGGGCGAAGACUAUCUCUAAAGACCAAUACACCGAAAUAAAUCGAACCAUAUCCCGCAUGCUCUACGAGCGUGCCGGAACCGCCGAGUCCCUUGACGGGGACUCCCGAGCUGACAUUGCAGCGGCGGCCAAACACGAAGUGCAAAAAACGAUUGAUUCACUGCGCACUCACAAGAAGGAUAAACAUCCUAUGGUGGUAACCAGCGACUCAGACGGCGAUGUACUAUGA